AUGUAUUCUCACAAGACCUUCAGAAUCAAGAGGUUCCUGGCCAAAAAACAAAAACAAAACCGCCCCAUACCGCAAUGGAUUCGGUUGAAAACCGGUAAUAAAAUCAGGUAUAACUCCAAGAGGAGACAUUGGAGAAGAAACAAGCUGGGUUUAUAA